CUGUCUGGGGGCCUUGCGGCAACGACGUGUAUAUCAAUACAAUGCUUGAUGCGAUUGCUUUGAGCAAGAGUUUCAAUGAACCUUUUUUCACUUUAUACGUUAUCCAUAGUCAUGUGCUGAACGAGGACAACAGUCGCUUGUUUGAUAUGGUCCAAAUCCCACGUCUCUUUUCGGGAAAUGCACUUAUCUUUAUCGGCCCCAAUGUUUCCGUCCGACUCCCGGCUGGAAAUUCUUCGAAUGACGGUCAAAAGAUAAUUUCGAAUGAUCCAUUUUACCACUAUGUCUUUGGUGUCAGACAGCUGUGCAUUUCCCACGUACGAUCAAUCUACCUAAUCAAGAACAUCAUCAACAUUCGCGCAUCCUGAUCCCACUAUCACGCAUUCUGCAUCUUUUCGGAGUUAUAUACACCAUGGAAGUCCCUGGUCCAUCCUUAUCAGGCUUGCGAGAAUGGCUGGAUUCCCUAAGGCCAAUGCCUCUUGGGAGAAGACGGUAUCCGAAUAGAGUCCCAGUAACGUCGCCGGCACGACAACAACAGUCCCUCACUGACACCGCACUUGACCUAUCAAUGUUACGCCCUGCCGCUUCACAAGAGAACGCCACAAGUGCUGAGACAUUUCUGUAUCUUGGAUAUGGCUCCAACCUCAGUGCGGAGACGUUCCUCGGAAAAAGAGGCAUCAGGCCGCUGUCGCAGGUCAAUGUUGUGGUACCCAGUCUCUCAUUGAGCUUCGAUCUACCCGGUAUCCCAUACUCCGAACCAUGCUUUGCCAACUCCCGUCUCCGAGACCCUUCAGGCGCCGCACUCUUCUCCGAUGACUUACACGAUCAGGACUACCAUAAAGACCGCUGGCACAAGGGCUUGGUUGGUGUUGUUUACGAAGUCACAAGAGAAGACUAUGCUCAUAUCAUCGCCACUGAAGGCGGAGGCUCGGGUUAUCAGGACGUGGUUGUCGAGUGCUUUGCAUUGAGCAGAGAUCCUACAGAGGAUGUUCCAUGGACUCCCUCUGGUCACUACUUCAAAGCCCACACACUCUUCGCUCCCAGUAGUGGGGAGAGACGGCCGGAUCAGUCAUACGCUCAACCUAGUCCCCGAUACCUCAAGCUGAUCACAGAUGGAGCUGUCGAGCACGAUUUGCCUCUUGAGUAUCAAUCUUUCCUCCACCAGAUCCGUACAUAUCAUCUCACCACGGUCAAGCAGCAACUCGGCUCUUACAUAUUCUUGUCUGUGUGGGCUCCGCUUUUCCUGUUCUUUCUGGGCAGUGCGCCAUUGUUCGCUCGACCUGACGGGACAUAUCCGAAGUGGCUGGCAACCUUUCUACGGGCAAUGUUCACCGCGGUUUGGGCAAGCUAUGAUGGCUUUUUCGAGCCAACUUUCGGAGACGGCGAGAGGACUAUUGGCGAUACCGAGGAGGAUGAUGAUGACGAUGACUGCUUUAAGAGAGGUAUAGACGAGAAGGUGCCGUUGAUUGAGCAGGUACCGCAACCUAAAUAUGGCUCGGUGACGGUGGUGGAGGUAAUGGUAUGAUGACGGCUGAUGCAGUGGCGAAGAAUAUGAUUGUAUGUGAUGAAUGUUCAGAUUUGAGGUCCAUUGCGGUUUCCAUGCUUGCUUCAUCAUCCCCGUUUG